CGACAUCCUCGAUCGAAUUAAAUUGGCAAGGAAUAAAAGAAAAUUCAUCCCCCCUUCUUCUCGGCUCCUGCGUACCGUCGCCUCGCCUCCUGCUCUUCGGUAGGGAGCAGCAAGCAGAGCGAGCGGGCGCUGCCCAUCUCCGCCGCCAGGAGCCCUACUCGUCUCCACUGCGUCGCGCUGGCGGCCGUUUUCCAGAUCGGCCGAACCGUCGUCGAGUCCUUCCCAGCCUAGUGCUUCUUUCCUGCUGCCGGAAAUCUCUUGCUUCAGUGAGCAGCUAUAUAUAGAGAGAGACAUGACUGAUGCUUUCAACAACCAGAUAUUAGUUGAGAAGCUCUCGAAGCUCAAUAAUUCACAACAAAGUAUUCAAACCUUGUCAAAUUGGUGUGUCAUUAACCGGAAGAAAGCAAAAAAUAUAGUUGAGACAUGGGACAUAGCUUUCAACAAUUCUCCAAGAGAAAAAAGAGUGCCUUUUCUAUACUUGGCCAAUGACAUCUUACAGAAUAGUAGACGCCAAGGAAGUGAAUUUGUGAAUGAAUUUUGGAAAGUACUUCCUGGAUGUUUAAAGAAUGUCUAUGAGAAUGGUGAAGAUCACGGAAAGAAAGCGGUGAAUCGAUUAGUAGAGAUUUGGGAUGAAAGAAAAGUAUUUGGCUCUCGUGGACGAGGCCUAAAGGAUGAGAUCCUUGGUACUGUCCCUGCCCCUGUUUCAAACAAUGGCAAGAGCAAUUCAAAUCCCAUCAAAUUAAUUCGGAAAGAUACUGAUUCAGUACGAGUAAAACUAGCUCUUGGUGAAAUGCCUGAAAAGAUAGUGACUGCAUAUCAGUCUGUGUUUGAUGAAUAUUCCAACGAAGAUACUGCUUUGAGUAAAUGCAAUGAUGCUGCUCAAGUUCUGGAGAGGGUGGAAAAGAACAUUGAUAUUGUAACUAAACAAGGUGACCAACAAGGGCCGACAUUUAUAACUGAUCUUCAGAACCAGGAAGCUGUACUUAAACAAUGUAUCGAACAACUAGAAACUGCAAAAUCAACUAGAGCUACACUGGUUUAUCAGCUGACAGAAGCUCUAAAAGAGCAGGAAUUUAAGCUGGAUCUCAUUAAUGAUAAGUUACAGAUUGCCCAUUCCCUCAGUGAACAUGCCGGUAGCAUGCGGCGGCAACGACUACUCUUGGCUGCAGGGGAAAGCAGUUUUGACCCUACCUCUAGCCUACCAAUGUCCAAUCCUCAACUUCCACCACCACACUCUGUAACUUCAUUCGCUGGCAGCGUAAGCAGUGCAGAAGAUGAUCACAAGAAAGCUGCAGCUGCAGUUGCUGCAAAGCUGGCCGCAUCAUCAUCAUCGGCGCAGGUUCUAUCUUCUAUCCUGUCGUCUUUGGCUGCAGAGGAAGCUGCUUCCAUGGGCAACAGCCUGAAUUCCCAAGUCCUCUCUGAUGGCCAAGCUGCUUUCCCUUUGGAGAAGAAACCCCGGCUCGAGAAGCUGAUUUCCACGCCCGAUAUGGGCAUACAUUCCUACUUUAGCCAGGCGCAGCCGCAACAGCAUCAGUCAAUUCCAUUUCAAUCCCAGAGCAUUCAGGCACCUCCAACAUUUACACCGCCACUGCCGCCUCUCCCUCCACUGCCGCCGCCAUCACUGCAGCAAUGUGCACAAACAAACGGGGUAACAAACAUGGGACCUUUUCCAUUUCCAGGCAGUUCAGUGCCGCCUCCACCGCUAUCCCACGCAUCACUGGGGUUCACAAGACCUAUUAUCCCACCUAUACCUCCGCCACCGCCGCCACCACAGCAGCACCAGCAAUCAACCUCGAUGGGCUUCUACCAAUCUCCAGGUGUUGGGUUCUAUGGUCAGCCACAGACAGCUCCAACUGUCCAACCGCAGUGAAGCCAUUAUCACACUUUCAGUGUUGCAUAUGCCUUGCAGUUUUCACUCUAGUUCUGCUAUGUAUACUAUCAAUAGUAGCUUCAUUAACGUAUCACAGAUUGAUAAAUUAGGCCAAGUCUAUCGCGGCAAGGUUGGAUCAGGCGGCACUGGAUUAUCAGUAAACCUCGUCUAUAAUUAUCCAAUGCCGAAACAUUAACCCAUAAGUCUGAUAUGGAGAAACCCAUUUGACAAUGGGAAAUUUACUGGGUUUGUUGUAACCCUAACCAAUCUAUACAGAUUGUGUAGAUUUAUGUUUUUUAAUAUAUUUUUUUUGUUUUUCACUAUUGUAAUGGAUGAUGACCCACCUACUGCUGGGGAGCAGAAUUGGCGACAAGUUUUCCCGUAGUUGUUCUUUUGCUUGAGGAUGCUUAUUGUCUAGCCUAAACUAGCUCAUUAAAUCAA